UCAAAUAAUUAUAUAAUAUAUAUUUGAAAUGAUAAAAAUUGGACUAAUUGGGUUGGUCGAGGUUGAACCAUUGAAUAACUUCAAAAUACAUUAUAUUUUAGCCACUAAGAUAUAAAAUAAUAGCAUAAUAUAUUAUGCCAGAGAAAAUAGCUUGUUUUAGAAUGUCAAACCAAUGAUGUUCAUUUGUUUUACUUGAUGGCCAAAUCCCGUGUAGGUCAAACCAAUUCAACUCUUUUAUUUUAUGGUUAGCGGUUAGCCCAUUAGAUACCAUGCAUUAGUUUAUUGUUAAUUUUUUUUUAUUUUUAGCAAUAAAAAGAAGUAUUGUUUUUGCCUCUUCAUAUAUAUUUUAUCACCACGGAGAAAUAAAAGGGCUUAAUGAAAAAAUUGACACUCUUGAACCCGUUUAAAUCCGCAUGUGUACGGUAAGUUGGCCCGUUCCACAGAGGAAAGAGGAAAAAAUUGACACUCCCUAUUCUAUCAUUCCUACAAACGCUCAUAGAGCAGGAAAUUUGAAAUGGGGGAAGGGUUUUUUCCUCUCUGCUAUUAUAUCUUUUUAAUUUAAAAAGAUGCUACAAAUGUACUUAGUGUGAUUGGUUAUGAUCUUUACUUUUCCUUAAAAUGGUGAUGGUUCGAAUCCCACUACGUAUCUUUUUAAUGAAUUAAAAAAAGUAAGUGUGAAGACCAAAAUGUCCUUCCUACUUUCACUCUCGUUGCAGGAAAUUUGAAAUGGGGCUCCCGUUUUUCCCUUCGGUGUAUUAUAUUAUGUGUAGAUGUGUAGCUAAUGAAGUACGUGGGUUGACGAUAGUACGCAAACUAAUGCAUUAUCGUGGUUAUCUUGUUGAAUUUGAAUCAUCUUAGUUGAAGAAAAUGAUGUUUUCUUUAGUUUUAAAGGGCAAAAGCUAAAUAUGAUUUUUGGCAAAAAGUAACUGAUCAAAGCUUUAUAUAUAUGAUUUUCAGGGAUGGCAUGGAUGAGUUUUUCUCGAACUGCACAUCGAUAUAGGGUUUGAUUAUGCCAUUUUAGUUUUACAUCCCUAGCUGGUUUUGAUUACGAAGAUGGUUACAUAUUGAUUUCCAAAACGACAAAGUCAAAGAAGAAGAGACUUUAGAGGGUAUGGUGAGACCUGAGUUGCAAAUAAAGCCAUGAUGCUCACAAGUGGCUCGACGUUCGAUUCGCUAGUUCAAUUCGGUGGCUUGUUGAGCUCAACUCGCGUGAUCUAGCUCGUUUUGAGUUAUGUUUUGACUCCACAAUGUGGCUGACGGCUUAUAUACGAAUGACGAGAAUUCAUGGAUUUUUAUUCGACUUUUAUCUUCUUCGUACUAACAUGCGGAUUUCAAAUAUUUUCACACAGAUGCAACGGAUUUGUUGUGAUCUACAAAGUGAUAUUCAUUUUCAACAUAUUUCGAAGAAAAAAUUUCAUAUCACUCGUUACACAUGAUACACUCGCCAGCUUCAUUAAAUGUAUAUAGCUGCUCACUCAAUUGGAUUCACAGAAAGAAAAAGUCUUUGGGUUGUGAUGGUCUGAUGGAAACUGCUACUGCGCGUGCAGUUGGAUUUAAUGCAAAAAUGUCGGCGUUGCCAUUUCCUCUGUAUACGUCUGAGUGAAAGUAAACUGUGGGUUAGCCCUUUGACUCUUUGAUGCUCGUUCCCCCAAUAUUAUUUAGGGCAAUGGUUUUUUAUUGGUUCAUGCUAACAUCUUGAAACAUUAUUGAUGGUUUGACUUUUAUUCAUUAUGAUCUAUGCACACAUUCACUGAUAUUGUCGUCAGAUAAACUUCGCAAUUGUCAGCCUUCAGCUCAGAUGAGAUCGGUAGCUACGUGCAUGAUGUUGUUUUCUCCACACACACAAAAAAAAAAAUGUUAGAGAGUGGUAUAAGAUUCAGCAUAACCUUUUCUCAACAACUCGUGUUAUAGAGAUCGCGACCAACGAGUUUAUGACAUGGUGGUAUCAGAGCUGGUUUGAUCAAGUGGUCGUGUGUUCUAAUCCUCACGACCUCCAAUUAUUAACAGUUAAUUAAAGCACGAGGUAUAUGGUAAGCGCAUGUGCAAACUUCAAUCCUGUAAGAUGACUUUCUCAAACUCAAACGUCUUAGGGGAAGACUGAAGAGGAGAGCAAAGGAAUUGGCCAACCCUAUCAUAAUAACGAAAUGGAGAAAAGGAAGUGCACAUGUUAUAGUAGCUGGGCAUGGCAUUUACUACUGCAUCAACACGGUUUAGCGGGUGAGAAGAUUAGACCAGACAAUGAGAGCUCGAUCCCAUUAAUUAAACCAACCAACCAACUUCCCUUUUCUUCCCUCCUGAUCAAUAGUUCCCGCCCAGCUUCCAUCCAUAUUGAUAAACCCUAGCUACUAUAUAAACCCUACUUCCGGCGAUCCUCCUCUUUGUCACGAAAUCCACACUAUCUUCUUUCCUUUCUCUGCUCUUUCUGCCCACGGAUGACACAUUCCAAGCUUCUCCUCGCUUUGUUGCUCGGCGCGUUCUUGAUUUCCGCCAAUGGCGCCAGGAACCUGCACCAGACUACUACUGCUGGCUCCUUUGACGACGGGAAGAACCUGUUCCGCCGCCCUGGACGUGGAGGCGGCCUUGGUGGCGGCGGCGGCGGGGGACUCGGAGGUGGUGGCGGACUAGGCGGGGGAGCUGGAGGCGGACUUGGUGGUGGUGCUGGAGGUGGAGGCGGACUUGGAGGCGGCGGCGGAGCUGGAGGUGGGUUCGGCGGCGGUGCGGGUGCGGGAGGUGGGGUUGGAGGCAGUGGUGGAGGUGGCGGAGGGUUUGGUGGUGGAGGUGGCGGUGGUGCUGGGGGAGGAGUAGGUGGUGGGUCGGGGUUCGGAGGAGGAGCAGGGUUUGGUGGUGGUGCUGGCGGCGGUGCCGGUGGUGGACUUGGUGGUGGAGGUGGAGGAGGUUUCGGUGGUGGCGGCGGCGGCGGGCUAGGUAGCGGGUCGGGUGCUGGGUUCGGCGGUGGGGCUGGUGCCGGUGGAGGUCUUGGAGGUGGGUUGCCCUGAAGAGAUCAGCUGGUUGCUUGCAGAAUUAUAGCUCUAUGUGGAUCAGUGUUUGUUGGGAUUUAAGAAAAGUGCUACUUACGUUGUACGUUCUACUACUCUAGCUAUUUGUGUUCAUCCCCUGUGUAUGUUUGUCCAAUGCUAUUACUGCAAUUCCUUUCCACCAUCUUAGCCACUCAAUGGAAUUAAUAGUGUAAUACUACUCUUAAAUCCUAAUCAUAUGUAGAACUUGUACGUUGUGUGUCUCUUUAUUAAUAUGUAGCUAAUCAAGUACGUUGGUUGGUUAUUGUACACAAAAUAACUCAUCAUCGUGGAUGUUCAAUCGAAUCUGCAUCGACUUGGUUAAAAAAAAUGGUGUAUUUUAGCUCAAAAAGGAAAAAGGCUAUGAUUUUUUUGGCAAGAAGUCGAGAAGAUAAAGAGUCUUUAGGGAGUCCAGUGAGAUUACGACGGCAAAUGAGUCAACCUGUUCAUGAGCGGUUCGACGGUGUUCGACUCCGGAAAGAAUUGUUUGAUACUUAGUUCCUUAACUAACGAGUUAAGGUUUGGCUAAUCCUUGUUCGGGUUGCAAGAGGCUCGUGAGCUACCUCGACUCGAUGGCUUGUUGAACUCGACGCAUGAGCUAGCUUGUUUUGAGCUAUGGUCUGGCUCGAUCCAGCGACUUAUGAUGAGCGAAUCAAGUCAUAACUUAUUGAUAAUUCAUAUGUUUGUAAGAUUAUGUAAUCAUCAAAAUUUUGAGUGCAUGAGAAAGAUGUCUCAUUACAAUUCAAAAGAUGAAUUAUGUAUCAUUGUUCCUUUAGAUACCGUUUAACCACUAUUAAAUACACAAUAUGUAAGAUUAAAAUUUAUGAACUAAAUAAUAUAAUUCUCGAGUCUAUCUCACAAGUUCAAUGAUGAACCGAACUCUGUAGAGCUCAUGAUGAGGUUGACCUUGAGCCAAGCACGAGCUAAUGUUUUCAGUAAACAAGCUCAAACUCAACUGGUUUUAUUAGUGAACUGAGAUCAAAUUAAACCAAAUCUCGACUCUACUCGCCUCAUUUGGAGCACUAAGUGAGACUAACCAUAAGGAAAGAAAGGUACGUAUGUGCACACGAUACCUUGUAAGCUGUAUUUUCCUAUGCUUGGUGGUUCUACACUUCUACUGAUAUUCCAACUCUUGCGGGUUUUGAAUAAAUAAUACAUGCAUCAAAGAGUGCACCAUGAUUAUAUUCAUGAAGUAUCAUGGAGGUUAAGUGAGUAAAACUUGUUAGGAUGAAUAAUGCAACAAGUUUGUCUCACAUGGAAAGUGAUAUUGAUAAGGGAACUUAUAGGCCUUUUUUUUUUGGAUCUUAAUUAGCUUUGGUGUUAAAUUCAUGGAGAUGUGUGUGUCCACAACUUGUUUCCUGUACUUGGUUUAAGAGGUUGCUUGUAAAUGAUAUCAUGUUUGAAUCACCAUAGAUGUCUUCUUUAUUGAUUGAUUCUUGUUGGUUCAAGUUUAGUUUCAAGGAAUGUGGUAAACUGGUAAUCUCCUUACUUUGUUUUGGCUGACAACCUGUCACGCAUCCUAGAGAAGAGAGCGAAGCAUUUUUGACCAAUCAAAGAAUGCUUCUUUUUAAUUUUUAAUUUUUUUAUUGAGUUAUAUUUAAUUCGUUUUAAUUUAGAAUUUAAAUUCUUUGUUGCAUAGAAAUGACGCAUUAAUUAAUAUCUACACAUUGAUAUUCAUUUUGCUAUAUUUUGAGAAAAAAUUUGUCUUCAAAACACGCAUUGAUUGUAGUAUUAUCACUAUCAUAUAUGUUAUAUCAUGAUCUUACCACUAUGGUAAUACUAACUGCAUAAAAUACAUGACAAUGUGAUGU